GUGCAGUACGCAAAUUAGCUUAUUUGAAGUGCAAAAUUAAAAGCGAAAUAUUGUCUAAAUCGUGCUAAAACGCGUGUGCUUGUGGUUUAUCCCGCAUUUCUUUUUCCAUAUUGGCUUACUUCUCGGAAAAUCCCGAGUAGUUGAUCUUUGAUCUGGAAACAUCUGAUUUUUAUAGAGUAAUGCGGGAAAAUAUAGCUCGUUUUGCAAGCGAUAUUGUAUAUUAAGGUUAUGGAGCGUACCUUCUUCAGUUGGAGAGCCCUGUAUACUACGGCAGUCAUGUCAGUCCCUCCUCGCCCUGACCCACCAGUCGUGGGCAAGGUAACACACAACAGUAUAGAGCUGUACUGGAAGGCACCUGAAGCUGUUGAACAAGGCCAGGGUGACAGCAGAGCACGUUAUUGUAUUCAGGAAGAAGAGCUGGGUCCAAAGUCUAAAGGAUUUGGCAACGUUUACUCAGGCUACAGUACAUCGAAUGUUUUUGAAGGUCUGGAGUCUCGCACACAGUACCGUUACAGACUGAAAUGUAUGAAUGAUUUUGGCUCAAGUGCGUGGAGUGCAGUGGUGACUGUAUCAACCACAAAGAAGCCACAAACCAGUGAAGACCUUCAAAGAGCUGUAACUAAGGGAGAUGUGGAAACUGUCAAGAAUAUCUUACCAGGAUUGAGCUGGCAAGCUGUUGAUUCACCAGACAAGUUUGGUUUGUCUCCACUCAUGAUAGCAGCCCAACGGGGGUAUGCGGAAGUUGCAAGAGUCUUACUGGAUAACGGUGCAGAUGUGAACUUUCAAAGCAGCAGUGGAAAGACAGCGCUGAUGAUGGCUUCCUUCUCAGGUAAUGUUGAUGUUGCGCAGUUGUUAAGACAACAUGGUGCCAACUGGGAAUUGCUUGACAAGACAGGUUCGACAGCGCUUCACUGGGCAGUAGAUGGAGCUAAUUUGGACAUGAUCCGCUGGAUGCUUCAAGACGGCUGUAGGGUGGACAUUAAAGACGAAACCUCAGGCUGGACGCCUCUUAUGAGAGUCGCUGCUGUCAGCGGUAACGCGAACGUUGCUAAGGUGCUGAUCCAUCAUGGAGCGAACGUGCAUACCAUGGACAAGGAAGGAAAAAGCACGCUUAUGAACGCCGCGCUCAAUGGGUUCGAGGCGUUGGUCAAGCUGCUUGUCAAGAAGGGUGUCUCUGUCAAGCUGAAAUCAGAGCACGGCAAAACGGCGCUGGAUUUUGCGAAAUCUUUUGAGCGCGAGCGCGUGAUUCACUUCCUGCAAGAGCAAGUGGAAGCUUUGAGGAAGGCGGACAAUGAACGCAAGCUGGCAGAGGCGAAAGAACGCAGGCAAAGCCGAGAACAAGUGGACGCGCACGAGUUGAAGUCGGUCGCAAACGGGGCGCAAAGCGUGCCCUCCGGAAAAGAAGGCGGUGCAGUUAUGUCGUAAUGAACGUCUUUGAAUGAUAUUUUGAUAGAAUUGGUUGAGAUCAAGGGAAUGCUUUCAAACGGAAAGUACACGUCAGAUCACUAGACUUGUCAAUGGUUGUGCAAAUUACUGCAAAAUGGGUUUUCGGUAUCUUUUGAGAAUUGUAAAAUUACCGUCACGCAACCAGUUUGCUUAUAUUGUUGUUUGCGGUGUUGAAAUUUAUCGUGUCGGUUUUUAAGGUUCAAAAAUAUAAUUAUUUUAAAUACUCAUUAAUAUAUUGUGUAAAUAUUAAAUUACCAUUGCUGUUAAAGCGAAGUUUAAAAAUAAAGCUUAAUUUAUGAAAUACGCAUAUGCGUUUCGUCUUAAUUUGUGUUAGAUUUGAAUAACAAUAAAUUGAAUGUUACCUUCCUGUGUGGUCCUUGCCGCCUGGUAUAACGGGGGAGGAGUGGGGUGGGACGAGAUGGGGUAGAGGAAACGAACAUGAAGCGCUGAUGCGCAGAGAUGUUAGCCCUCGAGCUGGCUUUUCGAGGGGCUUUUCGCUCUUCCCUUCUGUCUUUCCCCGCGAAGAGCCUGCUCGCAGACUACCGAGAUGUUUGACUGUUUGAGAGAUAGUUUCACCGUUUGGCGCAUGUGCAACAUCACUGAAAUGAGCAAUCUCGUUCCCUGAGUCUUCGUUCCCUUUGAUCAGCGGUCGGAAAACGAAAGCUCUGG